AUGGGCGCCGUCCUCUCGUCCAUCCAGGGGACGCUGCUGGUGGGCGUACUGGUAGCGGGCCUGUACGCUCUGUACCGUGCCGCACUCCCCAAGCCGCUCGCCGGCAUCCCGUACAACCGAGAUGCGGCCGGCAAGCUGUUCGGAGAUGUCGGCGAGAUGAUGGGCUAUGUUAUGCGCACCAAGCGAGUGUUUUGCUGGUUGACGUCGUUGACGACACGGCAUCAGAGCCCCAUCAUCCAGGCCUUCGUCAAGCCCAUGGGCUUGCCGUGGGUGGUGGUGACGGACCCCUUUGAGAGCCAGGACAUCCUGCUGCGGCGGACCAAGGAGUUCGACCGCAGCGGCUUCUUCGGGGACCUCAUCGGCGGCAUCCUGCCCGAGCAGCACAUCCAGUUCGUGUCGAGCGACUCUCGGUUCAAGAACAACCGCAACCUGAUCAACCACCUGAUGGCCCCGAGCUUCAUCACCGAGAUCAGCGGGCCGCAGCUCUACAAGGCAGCCUCGACCAUGAUCAAGCUGUGGGAGCUCAAGUGCGGCACGGCCGAGGGCCGCCCGUUCCACGCCCACCACGACAUCACCUACAUGGCACUGGACACCAUCUUUGCGGGCAUGUUCGGCCACCCGGAGGCCGAGAGCAUCACCACCAACCGGCUGGAGGUGGUCUCGCGGUGGGAGGCCAAGCGCGAGAAGAAGCUGCCCGCCAGCCUCGACGAGCCGGUCGAGUUCCCCGAGCCGGAGCUUCCGGCCAUCUUCGCGGCGGCGCUGACGCUGGCCAACUCGGUGACGGACACGCAGCUGUCGCCGGCGCCGCGGCUCACGUCGUGGGUGCUGCGGCAGCUGCCGUACAUGAAGAAGGCGACGGCGCUCAAGGACAAGUACAUCCGCGACCGGGUGGACGAGUCGGUGCGCGUCAUGGAGCAGGACGGCAGCGCGCCGGCGCGCACGGCGCUGCACUCGGUGCUCCUCCGCGAGCGCGACGUGGCGGCCAAGGAGGGCCGCAAGGCCGACUUCCGCAAGCGGGCCAUCGCCGACGAGUUCUUCGGCUUCAUGCUGGCGGGCCACGACACGUCGGCCACGACGGUCGCGUGGGGGGUCAAGUACCUGGCCGACAACCCGGCGGCGCAGGACCGGCUGCGGGCGGCGCUGCGGGCGGCGCUCCCCGAGGCGACGCGGGCGAAGCGGGCGCCGACCUACCAGGAGCUCGCGCGGGCGCAGAUCCCCUACCUGGACGCCGUCGUCGAGGAGGUGCUCCGGCACGCCAACACCAUCGCCUUCGUGGUGCGCCGCGCCAUGCAGGACACCACCGUGCUCGGCCGCCACAUCCCCAAGGACACCGACGUCUUCCUGGUCGCCAACGGCGCCGGCUACCUCGAGCCCAACAUGCCCCUGGCCGAGGAGGUCCGCAGCCCCGGCGCACAGCGCAGCAAGAAGACGGCCCUGACCGGCACGUGGGACAACAAGGACAUCGGCGCCUUCAAGCCGGAGCGCUGGCUCAAGCAGCAGGCGGCGGGCGAGGGCGAGGGUGAAGGCGGGGAGACAUUCGAUCCCAUGGCCGGUCCCACGCUACCCUUCGGCCUGGGUCCCCGCGGCUGCUUCGGCAAGCGGUUCGCGCUGCAGGGGCUCAAGAUCCAGUUCGCCCUCAUCGUCUGGCACUUCCAGCUGCACAAGACGACCGAGGCGCUGAACAGCUACGACGCGGUGCAGAGGUUCGCGCAGGAGCCGACGCAGUGCUACGUGCGGUUGAGCAAUGCCAACAUCUAGGGGUGAGAGGUGUGAGAGGGGUGUGAGAGUGAUGAUGAGAACAGCGAACUAAUGAGAGUUGGGGAGGGGUCGUUGUUUUGCAGCAGGUGGGGGAGGGUUUAAUAGGUAAUCAGCGUUCAAGGGGGGUCAUUGUAAGGGGAUACUUGGUAUCCCCAGCAAUGCGAAUUAUGUACAUUCGUGCCUCAAUAUACCCAGUUUUCACACGUCAACACACAUACCUAUGUCGGUCGUCUAUUUAAACAUCUUGAACAGAUGUCGUUGGUCCUCCC